GGGUUAUAUAACUUGUAGCCCCCCCCCCCUCUCUCUCUCUCUCGUUCUUUCACUUCUUGCAGGGUUGACAGAACAGCGGUGGCGAGGAGCUAAGAUCUGCAGCGAAUAAACCCAAAAUGGCAAGAGGUCUGAAGAAGCAUUUGAAGAGGCUUAAUGCCCCAAAGCAUUGGAUGCUUGACAAGCUUGGAGGUGCAUUUGCUCCAAAGCCAUCAUCUGGACCUCACAAAUCCAGAGAAUGCCUGCCAUUGAUCCUCAUCUUGCGAAAUCGAUUGAAGUAUGCUCUCACAUAUCGCGAGGUCAUUUCUAUUUUGAUGCAACGACAUAUUCUUGUGGAUGGGAAGGUUAGGACAGAUAAAACAUACCCUGCAGGAUUCAUGGAUGUCGUAUCCAUUCCCAAAACAAAUGAGAACUUUCGUCUCCUUUAUGACACCAAGGGUCGGUUCCGUCUCCACUCAAUUAGAGAUGAAGAGGCAAAGUUUAAGCUAUGCAAAGUCCGAUCUGUGCGGUUUGGGCAGAAAGGCAUCCCGUACGUGAAUACUUAUGAUGGUCGAACCAUCCGCUACCCAGACCCACUCAUCAAGGCCAACGACACCAUCAAGCUUGACCUGGAGAGCAACAAAAUCACCGACUUCAUCAAGUUUGAUGUUGGGAACGUGGUCAUGGUGACAGGUGGAAGGAAUAGGGGUCGUGUGGGAGUCAUCAAGAACAGGGAGAAGCAUAAGGGGAGCUUUGAGACUAUCCACGUCCAGGAUGCUACAGGGCAUGAAUUUGCAACUCGUUUGGGCAAUGUGUACACCAUCGGGAAGGGGACAAAGCCAUGGAUAUCUCUUCCUAAGGGCAAAGGUAUCAAAUUGUCCAUCAUUGAAGAGGCCAAGAAGAGGCUUGCUGCUCAAGGAGCAUCCACUGCCUAGACUUCAAAAACAUCAUCUGAUGUAGUUUGGAAUAGUUUUGUGUUUCUGAUUUUGUUUUGUCGUUAUUCAAUGCUGGUUUUAUGCUCAAACGUUCUGGGAACAGUUUCCUUUAAUUAAUACUGAAUGGCUUAUAAGGUUUUUUCUCGGAAA